AUGUCCGAAUAUAACAGCAGUGCAUCGAAGGAGUUCAUGGAGUACACAAAGAAGGAGGCGCUCCAGAGAUACAGCGUGGUGUGGGCCCAGCUUAGAAAAACGCUAAGCAUGGAGGACGCAGUGGACAAAGUAAAAAAGAAGCUUUCUGCGCUGAAGGGGAAGAAAAUAGAGAUAGGCGCUGCUCUGCACGAAAGAGAGGGCAGCGUGGAGAAAGAAACUGCUCCGGAGAAGGGCGACGACUCGUUUAUAGGCGCGCCAGACUUAAGCAUAGAGGGCUUGUUUACGCAGUCGAUGGAGGGCAUGGAGGCGGAGAGCACCGGCCAUGCAGAGGAGGGGGAAAGGCGUGAAGACACGCAGGAGAGGUGCAGCUCACAAAGAACAAGCAAGCUGGUUGUAGACGACAGCGAAGAGUCAUCCGGAGAGAGCUCGCACGACAGCACAUGUACAGAAAGCGAGGAGUUUAUGUCCAGCAACAGCAUUGCAGAUGAAAUAAGCGAAAUAUCGAGCCACCAUGUAGUAGAAGAGGCGCUUCUUUUUCCAGAGAAAAAUGUGCAGGAAGACGCCCCAGAGAAAAACACCGGCAUGGAGUUCAAUCCAGAGGGAGUUAAAAAAGUAAAAACCACACAGACCUUCAGAUGGGGACAGAUGCAGUAA